GUCUGCUAUGAAGCCGAUGCCCUUUGUGAUAUGAUUGUAUGUAUGCAUUACUCAUGCGCAGAUCCUCUAUACAUAUCAUGGUAACACAUUCGUUGCCUUAAAGGCAAUGGGCAUCAUGGAUGCCGUUAAGCACCGCUACCUUAGUUCGCUUGUAAUGGCCAUUCAUUCAAGCCCAACAGUGCAAGACACUGAAAGUGAACAGCUAGAGUUUUCGAUAAAAUAUCUGAAUCAAGAUGGAGAUCCUGGGCAGUUGGCAAAGGCUGUGGCGCAUCUGAAUAGUCAUCUGCAAAGAGUUGAGGUACAUUGAUUUGCGCAAACAAAAUACAGCAUCAUUCAAUGGUUU